UUCCUUUAUCAUUUCGUCGACCAUACGCGCACGCUCGCAGCCUCGUCGAGUGGAGAACAUAUUCAGUACAUAUUCUUGGUCCUUCUUCGCCCUACCCUCAAUGAUUCUCUAGCAUGGCGCCACCAGUACCCCGCGGAGGCGGACGAAAACGAAGGCUACCCAGCAUUCGAAAUCCUAGUCGCUCUCCGAGCGUCGCUGCCUCACCAGCACCUCAAUUGCCUACGCAGCCGGAGUCGCGGCCACUAAAGACCGGUGCUCCAUUACUCAGUGAUCGCUACUCCUGUCCACAGUGUCCCCCCGAUGAGCAGGACAUCCAACUUUCCGACGAUGGAGGCUACGUCGUGUGCGUGAACUGCGGUACUGAAAUCUCCAACAAUCCUCAGCUGCAGAACGAAGUUGCCUUUGGCGAAAACGCACAAGGUGCCGCUAUCGUGCAGGGAACCACGAUUCAAGAGGGCCAACGACGUCCGCACGUCCAAGGUCUAGGCUAUCGGGGCGCUCAAGGUCCAGAUGCUGAGGAGAGACUUCGCGUGGCCACUCUGACGGGCCAGGAAGAGAUCAGGCGUCUCAACUUCCAUCUUAAUUUGUCACCCGCUACUGUCGACCGAGCCGUGAACUUGUACAAUCUCGCCAAGAUCCACGCCUUCCAACGUCCCGUUUCAGAAAAUGCCGCCAUUUCUAUUUACACGGCCUGCCGUGAGGUUCCUGGCAACACCGUGUUGCUCAUUGAUCUCGCAGAGAUCAUUUCCGUAAACGUAUACGACUUAGGAGCAGCGUACAAGAAGUUUCUUGACCGCAUCGACCUCACGGACAAGUACAUGGGCUCAGACAAAUUCCAGAGAAUGGUUGAGCCCGAGCCGCUUAUCAAGCGUUUCGCUUCGCGUCUGGAAUUCGGAAAGGACACGAACAAAGUUGCCGCGGACGCAGCUUCCAUAUUAGCCCGCAUGAACCGCGACUGGAUGGUCACGGGACGUCAGCCGAUGGGCCUCGUUGGCGCCUGCCUCAUCAUUGCCGCGCGCAUGAAUAACUAUCGUCGCACCUUGCGUGAGGUUGUCUAUGUCGUUCGCGCCGGCGAAAUGACCAUCUUGAAGCGCCUCAAUGAGUUCUCAAAUACCCCAGCAGCGCGAUUGACCGUUGACCAGUUUCGUCAGCUGAGAGACAACGAGGCUCUAAACGCCACCCUGAAAGAGGCACUACCGCCAUCCUUGUCCAAGCCGCCGCGCAAAAAACGAAAGAUUCUGCGUGGACGUGAUACAGAUUCUCUUGAGCCGUCCUCGCGAACGUCUUCUGUGGCACCUUCCGAUAUUUCCGACGCCACAAACGGCGCCUCGGAAGCCGCACCUCGCCGCGACAAAGAUGGCUUCGUGAUCCCUAGUCUUCCGCCACGUGCACAACCUCACUCUGAGAAUAGUGCCUCAUCUCCGCCAACAAGCAGCAUCGACGGUCAUGAAGAGAAUGAUGAAGACGAGGAACUUCGACGCAAACCCGGCCGUCCCAAGAAGAUCCCACUCCCAGAAUUCAGCGUCACUGAGGAAGAUCUACGUGCGGAAGAAGCCAUUGAAAAGGACAUAGCCGCAAACGUUAAGGCAAUUGAGAAUGACGAAGCUAUUCAAGAGGAGCGAGGGCCCGGCUGGUUCCGUGCCAAAGCUUUGGCUGACGCUAUACGCGAACAGGAGCGAAAAGCGUCAAAAUGGAAACUCUCCGAACUCGAGAUGUUGAAUGAGACCAUCGAAGAAGAUGAGUUCGAGGACGAUCCUGAAGUGAAGUUUUGUAAACUUACCGAGCGGGAGGUCCAAGUGAAGGAGCAAAUUUGGGUUACUCACAAUCACGAUUGGCUUCGCGCACAGCAGGAGAGACUUCUCCAAGAACAGCUUAACGCCGCCAAAGGCAAAAAGAAGCGACAAGGUCCAAGGCGGAAGAUGGCGCGUCGCGGCGAUGGCAGUGUGCUUGGCGAUUCACCCGUCAGUAGUGCUGCGGAUGCAAGCUCGAAGAUGAUGGCGGCGCGUGCCAAGCGACACAAGUACUCCCGCCACGUCGAUUAUGCCAAACUGCAAGAGAUUUAUGGCGAGGACGACCAGUACAGUCGAGCCGGUUCGCCCUCCGAGCAGAGCGAUUCUAGAGCAGGUUCCCGCUCAGCCGCUGGAACCCCAGCACCAGCAGACCAUACAGCACGUGGUACAUCGUUCUCUCCUGAUGUCUCGAACGAUGAAAGGAGUCCUUCAGCGCCACCGUCGGCGGUCACACGACCUCAAGAUGAAGUUACUGAGAAUGAGGAUGAGGAGUAUGAAGAUGAGGACGAGGAGGGCCUCGUCGAUACUGUGCCUGAAUUCGGCGACGAUGACGAAAUCGAAGAAGACUAUGAAGAGGAGGAGGAGGAUGUACUGGACAUAGCCCAACAAUACGGCGUUGAUAUGGGUGACCGUUAGCUCGGUCAAAGUGGACAUUUAUAUACUGCAGCUAUUCCUAAAGCUUUCGAUUGGAUGGACGUCGAGAAACACGGGAUUGACUUUAUGCAUAGCGACUGGGACAUUGGUUUGCAUUGGAUGGCGAGAGAAGCGACUUUAUGGAUAACACUCGCGCUUCCUUCUGGAUGCAGCGUGGAUCUCCUUAUCCACAUCACUAAGUAUAUUGCGUGGCAAAGAAUAAUAUGCAUGUGACCACCAGAACAUUCAAUUAU